CGUGUCGCUAAAUUGGCAAGGGCUGCACCCCCUCGUCGGCUGGAGAUCGUCUGUGGUAAAGCGAAAAGUAGGAGGGAGCGAGGGGGCGUCAGGCAGAAGGGAUGAAUCGAGUGUAGUCUGCGGUACGAGAUUGGUAUGUGCCUCCGGGUGAAGAGGUCCGGAUGAUGGUUUGCGAUGCUGAGUGGUAGCAAAUGUGAAUGGGAGCGGACGAUGGAGGACGGAGGGUAAUGGGUAGUGGUCUGAAUGGGUCAGGCGAAAGGUAUAGAUAGUCCCAGUGUCGGUGUACCCCCUCAAGACUGUGUUACGAGGAUCAGCCCCCACUCAUCCGAACAGACCCCUUGAUACCCCGGGCAUCAUUCUGUCGAAUUUCGCUCCUACUAUUCAACACCGUCCCAAGAUGACAUCCUCGCCUGAACUUCCCUCUCGCUUGAGCGGUACCGAGCAUGCCGGAAGAGGCCUCUCUGUAUUCGACGACAAUUGCAACUCUGGUGACGCUGCUCAACACACCUUUGAUGCCAAGACCGAGAAAGGGCUUGCAGAGCCCUUGGCGCACCUUGAAGACAAGAGAAGGACCGCCGCGAUCAUGCGUCGACUGGACAUAAGGAUCCUCCCCGUUGCGGCUUUGCUGUACUUCUUCAGCUUUGUCGACCGAACGGCCAUCGGCAACAGUAAAGUGGCUGGGAUGGACAAGGACUUAGGUCUCACAGAGGGACAGUACGAGCUUGCGCUCAGCUGCUUCUUCAUCACAUAUGCAAUGCUGGAGGUCCCCUCCAACCUCUGCCUUCGCCGCUUCGGCGCCCGCAAGUGGCUUCCUCUUACAGCACUCCCCUGGGGCCUUCUCAUGAUCCUCACAGGCACCGUGCAGGACUACCGAGGCCUCAUCGUCUGCCGAACACUUCUCGGCGUCUUCGAAGCGGGUAUCGCGCCGGGACUGGCUCUCAUGCUCAGCCUUGUUUACCCGCAGUCCGCUAUACAGCUGCGCAUCGCCCUCUUCUUCGCCGCUGCCAGUCUGGGUGGCGCAUUUGGAGGGUUGCUGGCGUAUGGACUGUCGAAGAUCCAGACUGUAGGCUUCGACGGCUGGAGAUGGAUCUUCACAAUCGAAGGAAUCUUGACCAUGCUUUCAGCGAUUCCCGCGUACUGCUUCCUCUGCAAUGGAUUAGAGGAUGCCAAGGGCAUCUCCGAUGACGACAGGGCGUACAUGAAGGAGCGUAUAAUUCAUGACGGCUCCCAAGGAGGGGUGAUCGAGGUGAAGUUCAAGGUUCAAUACAUCUGGGAUGCUUUUAAGGACUUCAAGGUUUACAUCCUGGCUUGCAUCUUCGGCCUCACGGCAGUCCCCGCUGUGACUUUUGCUCUCACCUUACCAGUGCUCCUCAACACUUCCUUUGGCUACGAUCACAUCAAGUCGCAAUUGAUGACGGUGCCUGUCUACCUCCUUGCCGUAGUCGGCGUCAUUCUCUUUGCCUGUCUUUCCGAUCGCCAUCAGGCCCGCAUCCUUUACUACAUCAUAGCCAUGACCAUCGCUCUCAUCGGUUGUCUUAUCUCCUUCAAGUCCGACGAUCCCAAGGUACGCUACGCUGGCUCCUUCUUGGCGGUCCCUGGCGUCUUCGCUGCUGCGCCGUGCCACAUCGCCCUCGGCUCCCAGAACCUAGCCCACAAGACGAAGAGGGGCACGGGAUUGGCGAUCCUCAUGACCUUUUCGGCCAUUGUUCCCACUACCAGCUCUGCCCUCUUUCCCACCAACGAGGCACCUCGUUACCCCACAGGCCACAAGGUCUGCAUCUCUUGCGGUGUGCUUGGCAUCGCUUUUGCCAUCGCUUAUGGCUAUGCUCUCAAGUGGGAGAACGACAAGAAGAGACAGAUGAGGGAGAGCGGUGAGGCUGAAAGAUUGACCAGGGAGGAGCUGAUCGACCUGGGCGACAAGAGUCCUUACUUUGUAUAUCGCUUCUGA